AUGACCCGCUGGACGGAGUUCUUAGCGGCGUAUUCCUACGCCUUGCGCUACCGUCCGGACAAGGAAGUCCAAGCGGUUCCUUGCCGUUCGGUCCUGGCAAUUGCACAGCUAGAAUUGCCGUUGACUGCUACAGAUGUGGCCGCUCACUCUCAGUCUGACCCUACACUGUCACAACUAUUGAAUUGGGUCCUGAGAGGCUGGCCUGCGGGUGCUUUACCUCCACAGUUCAAGCAUUUCAAAAACAGACAAUUAGAGCUAUCCAUUCAUUCAGGCUGUCUGUUGUGGGGCGACCGUGUAGUCAUCCCAACGGUCCUCCGACAACAAAUUUUGCAACGCCUUCAUGAAAACCAUCCUGGAGUCAGCAGAAUGAAGGCUCUAGCUCGCAGUUUCGUUUGGUGGCCAGGAUUAGAUACGGAGAUUGAAGCCUGGGUUGCCAAAUGCGAAACAUGCCAGCAGUCCCGGCCAUCUCCACCUUCCUCUCCCUCCCGGGAAUGGGAGAUGCCUCGUGGACCAUGGUCAAGAAUUCAUAUAGAUUUCGCCGGCCCCUUCCACGGACAGGUUUUCCUCAUAGUUGUGGACGCGUACUCUCAAUGGGUGGAAGUAUUGCUCAUGCACUCCACCACAUCUGACAGUACUGUGCGAGCCUUGCGACGAUUGUUCGCAACCCACGGGUUGCCGGACACAGUAGUGUCCGACAACGGCCCGCAAUUCACGUCUACAACGUUCCAAACAUACCUGGCCGAGCAAGGGGUCCGCCACGCGCUGGUUGCCCCUUACCACCCGGCCAGCAAUGGCCGAGCGGAAAGGGCGGUUAGAUCUGCCAAGGAGGCUUUGGGCCGUCUAAACCGUGGAGACUGGCAGGCAAGGGUGGAUGCUUACUUAUUGGCACAGCACUCCACACCUUGCCCCCUGACACAGAAAAGCCCCGCGGAGAUGUUGAUGGGCAGGCGCCUGCGGACCACCCUGGAUAGAUUG